AAAUUUCCAAUUGAAAAUUAUUCUAUAAGGUAUUUAUACCUCCAUUGAAUUCCAUCUCUGCCACGUAGCUCUGCCUUUGGCAGUUUGUCUACCUUCUCUGAGAUAUACUUUCUGUCAGCAAAGUGUAGAUAUACCCAAUUUUCCUGGUAUCUAUGAGAACUUGCAACUAGAGAUAAGUUUCAUAAAGUGUUUAUUAUAAUUUUCAUAAAGUACCUGACACACAGUGCUCUGGAAAAGAGAGCUUUUAUUGUUGGGGUGAUUAUAGUUGGUGAAUAAACUAUGUUUGCAAAGAUAACAUCUCCAGGUAGAGCAAAGCUGGAGCUCAAGGGGAAAGGUGGGACAUAGGACAUCAGCUAAUCUUUUCCUCUGUACAAUUAAUGACAGCUUUGAAGAUACUACUAUAACUUGAAAGUUUGAAGUUAGUGUUUCAGCUGAACUAUCCAUUCAUCUUCCAGCCAUCAUGAGCUGUAAGAAGCAGAGGUCACAGAAUAACUCGGUCAAUGAAAAAAGGAAUGUGAAAAUCGAGCACUAUUUUUCUCCGGUCUCUAAAAAGCAAAAGAUUAAUCCCAGUACUUCUCAAAUGAGGAUGGUGUCUGGAGGCAGCCCAAGUGAAAUAACUAAUACCCAUGCUCAAAGAUUCCAUUCACCUAAGAAAAAUCCAGAAGACCAGACCAUGCCCCAAAAUCAGAUAAUACAUGUUACCCUGGAUGUAAACCACAGGAAAAACCAAAAUGUGAAAUAUGUGCUCCCACCCAGUGAGAAUAAUAGCUUAUAUAUAGCUCUCAAGACUCUGCAGGCUGUCAGAAAAGAGAUAGAAACACACCAAGGCCAAGAAAUCCUUGUGCAUGGAGCAGAAGGAAUCGAAGAGUACAUAAACCUUGGAAUGCCCCUCACUUGUUUUCCUGAAAAAUGCCAUGUGGUCGUUACCUUUUACAAAAGUAAAAGUAAGCAGAAGGAAAAUAACCAAGUACGUAGCCGGUGUGGCAAGGCAUCGACUGAAUGUGUCAAAUUCUACAUUCAUGCAAUUGGAAUUGGGAAGUAUAAAAGAAAAAUUGUUAAAUGUGGGAAGCUUCACAAAAAGGGUUGCAAACUCUGUGUCUAUGCUUUCAAAGGAGAAACCAUCAAGGAUGCUCUGUGCAAGGAUGGCAGAUUUCGUUCCUUUCUGGAGAAUGAUGAUUGGAAACUCAUUGAAAACCAUGACUCCAUUUUAGAAAACACCCACCUAGUGGAUCAAUUAGAAGACAAAGUCUUCCAGGUUGAGGUUGAGAAAAGAAUGGGCCCCAGUGAAGCAGGUCCUCAGAAUCCUGAGUCAGAGAAAAGAAACGCCUGUGUGUUGAGAGAACAAACCAUGUCUCAGUACCCCAGUUUGAAAAGAGAAAGUGAAAAAAUCAGGGAAAACUUCAACAAAAAAAUGAAAGGAAAAAAUGGGAAAACAUUAUUUAAAUUGCAUAGAACAAACUUUGGGAAAGUAACAAAAAACUCUUACUCUGCUAAAGUACUGAAAAUUCUUGCACAUCUCAGUGACUCAGUUGGGCACUUAUUCUGGGACGGUGCAACUGCAGGUUGUGCCACCUGCUUUGCUUUUAAAGGACUGUUCAUUUUAACUUGUCAGCAUGUAAUAAAUCUCAUUGUGGGAAAAGGAAUAGAGCCAAGUAAGUGGGCAGACAUAAUUGGUCAAUGUGUAAGGGUGACAUUUCAUUAUGAAGAGCCACAAGAAAAGGAAAUGAACUGCUUUUCCGUCGAAACUUGGUAUGAGAUAUAUAAUGAAGAGCUUGACUAUGUUGUCCUGAAACUGAAGGAAAAUGGACAACAGGUACCUAUGGAACUAUACAAUGGAAUUGCUCCUGUGCCACUUAGUGGGUUGAUACAUAUUAUUGGCCAUCCAAAUGGAGAAAAAAAGCAAACUGAUGCUUGUGUUGUGAUUCCUCAGGAUAAGCGAGCAGAGAAAUGUCAGGAACGUAUUCAGGCUAAAGAAGUAGAAAGUCCAGAGUAUGUUCAUAUGUACACUCAAAGAAGUUUCCAGAAAAUAGUUCCCAACCCUUAUGUGAUUACCUAUGACACUGAGUUUUUCUUUGGGGCUUCUGGCUCCCCAGUGUUUGAUUCAAAAGGUUCAUUGGUGGCCAUGCAUGCUGCUGGCUUUGCUUAUGAGUACCAAAAUGAGAUUCGCAGUAUCAUUGAGUUUGGCUCUACUGUGGAAUCCAUCCUCUAUGAUAUGAAGCUAAGAUAUCAACCAUGGUAUGAAGAAGUAUUUGUAAGUUAUCGGGAUGUAGAAAUGAUGAGUGCUGAGGACUUAUGAGAAUUCAGUCUAUUAGAUUUAAGGGAAUAGCUUAUAGAGUUGUUAUUUCAUAGGCAUUAAUUAUGGUUUUCUAAAUUCCAAAAUGGUCAGUUUUAUCAAUAAUAAUACUAUUGACCAUUUCCUAUCUGCCAGGCAUUUUUCUAAGCACAUGAAGAAAUUAGUCUUAACAAAACUAUGAGAUGGACCAUAACUUGCCCUAUUUUAAAGUCAAGCAAUGUGAAGAAUAAGAAGAUUAAAAAAAUAAUCGUUUUUUUAAUAUAAAAAAACAUAUAGUCACUUUUUUUUUCAUCUGUAAUAUUUUAAUCUAAAUUCAUUAGCUACAGGGCAGGAAUCAAAACUUAUUCAUCUCGGCCGGGCGCGGUGGCCCACGCCUGUAAUCCCAGCACUUUGGGAGGCCGAGGCGGGUGGAUCACGAGGUCAAGAGAUCGAGACCAUCCUGGUCAACAUGGUGAAA